AUGAUAUCAUCGGUCCUGUCGCAUGACGAACGGGACGAACUUGUAAACGGUGCCCGCGCGAACGUGGGUCUCAUCGCUGACACCAUUUGGACGCCUCUCGACCAGGACGACUCCUAUCGCAAGCUGAAUCGCACUUUAUGGAUACGGAGCUGCAAGAUAGCUGCCAAUUACGCUGAGACCUCGGCAGGCGCUCGGCCAAAGAAGAAGCGGGUCCGCGAUGUCAUCCCCGAGUCCCGACUGGCGAGCUACGGUGACUUUGAGUACGAGGACGAUGCCGAGGUACAGCUGCUGCCACCGUCACCAUCGCCACAAGCGGCGGCGCCGACGCGCGGACCGGACGGGUAUUUCAAUGGGGUCGGACGAAGGGAGGAGUCGGAGCCGAGCAGCAACGAGGUCGAGACACCCAAGGAAUCGUGGAUGCUCGACGAAGUCGAGGAGUACAUCGCCUGGGUAACGGCGUCCUCGAAGUGCUCCAGGCCCGAACACGAAGCGUUAGUUACUCUCAUUGCUAUAUUCGGAAAAUUUCUUUGCCCUCGAGUUGCUGAAAUAUUGCUGGCUUUAUUAUUGCUGGAUUCUGGCGGCAUUGUUCCAUGCCGAAGGAUACGCCUUUUCCCGGCAAUCGUUCGGCUGCUCGAUUACAACUCCACCACCACUCGAUUUAUACUCGAUUUAUACUCGAUUUAUACUCCAUUUAUACUCAUCAAUUUAUACUCGGCCGUUCUCCUCAUUCGGCUCGGCGUGUCAUCCUCGGACAAGGCCUUGGACCCGGGCUGCGAGCCCCCGCCUCGAUUCAGCGUGACUAACGUAUCCGAGGCCCAACUCGAGGGCCGCAUCUUCAGCGAGAGCGUGCGGAGCCUUUGGAGAUCGGGACCACGGGACAGCCAGACCCGCCAGAACCGGGGCCUCAGGCAGUGCGAGCUGAGGCGCGAGCUCGGGCUACUCAAGCCCCAGACCCAGGCCCCGAAGCGACCCGGUGACGUCCACCAGGUCCAUUGCAGCUUCCAGAACGAGCGCCUCAGAAUGCCGUACAUUGACAAUUAA